AACUCUUGAAAAAGAUCCGACUCAGAAGAAUGAUUCACGAACCGGACAUCCGUUGUUCAUUCCCUGUGACGCAGCACGCAGGCGAUUGGGCGGUCAACAAACAUGGCAGCGCUCAUGUAUAACGUGAGUCGUGGAUUUGUUAUUUUCGGGGAACAUAGUUUAUUACUCAGAGGAUAUAAUAACCACCGGAUCUUGGUGAAUUCGAGGCGAUAUGUCCGAGCCCUCCGGCGGAGACCCGUGGCGGUCCUGUAUCCUGAUGGUGAACGAGAGAAAUUAAUUAAAUCAAAUGAAGCAGCGGAUAAAAUGAACCAGAAGCUGUUCACACCGAAGGACAAACACAGAGAGAAAGUCUCAGGGAGAGCUGGCAGCCAGCAGUGGAGUGGACAUGUCUCUGAACGCGCAGAAGAGUCUCCUCAGAUGAGGGACAGAGUCGCUGGGCUGCGCUUCGAGAAGGCUCCUGCUGGAGACAACAGACUCGCGAGGGUGGCCAGCAUUGCCCGGUCCAGAGCGUUUCGGGAUAAGGAAGGUAAGGUGCUGCUGGAGGGGAGGCGUCUGAUCUGUGACGCUCUGUCUGCUGGAGCGUCUCCUCAGAUGCUCUUCUUCAGUGCGGUGGAGCGACUGCAGGAGCUUCCUCAAGAUAAACUACAGCAGGCCAAGCUCAUCAAGGUCAGAUAUGAAGACAUGAAGACCUGGUCUGACCUGGUCACUCCUCAGGGGGUUAUAGCUAUAUUCUCAAAAUCGGAUGCUUCCCACCUGGUGUUUCCAAAAGACAUGCGUCUUCAGUCGGUUCCUUUGUUUCUGUUAUGCGACAAUAUACGUGACGCUGGGAACCUAGGGACUAUUUUACGCUGUGCGGCAGCUGCUGGCUGUGAGCGUGUUCUCCUAACCAAAGGUUGUGUGGACGCCUGGGAGCCCAAGGUUCUACGCGCAGCAAUGGGAGCUCAUUUCCGACUUCCGGUCUUUCCUAAUUUAGACUGGGAUGAAAUUUCCAAGCACUUACCAAAGGACGUGGUUGUCCAUGUAGCAGAUAACAGUAUAAAAGCUCCAGUUCCAGGACAAAUAGAAAAAGGUAAUUUGGAUGACUACAGUGAAAGUGACUCUGAUGAAGAGUCCGAUGAUGAACUUUCACUGCCGUAUCUGAAGCCUCAGGUUUACUGUGAGAGUUGGGCUCAGAGGAGCACGGCACUGGUGAUUGGUGGAGAGACGCAUGGAGUGAGUCUGGAGGCUUGGCGAUUGGCUGUGGAAACAGAGGGCAAAAGGCUCUUUGUGCCCAUGGCUCCAGGAGUGGAGAGCCUGAACUCUGCAAUGGCUGCUAGUAUACUGCUGUUUGAAGGCAGACGGCAGCUUCUGCAGCUGUUGGACAAAACACGGCGAAGAACACGAUCUAAAAUCUUAAAAUGAGUGCUUUUCUUGUAACGUAUUAAAGAUGUUUCACCAGUACUGUCCAUUUUCACUUUUUUUUUUUUAUCAUUGUGCCUUUUGACUGCUUUUUAACAGUUUGUCAUUUAUCCAGUAGAGGGCGACUGUGUGUUUUGAUGUACUCACACUCAGACCAUCCAAGAUGUAGAUGAGUUGGUUUCUUGAACUGAACGGAUUUGAAGAAAUUUAUCAUUACAUCACUUACUCACCAAUGGAUCCUCUGCAGUGAAUGGGUGCCGUCAGAAUGAGAGUCCAAACAGCCGAUAAAAACAUCACAAUAAUCCACACCACUCCAGUCCAUCAAUUAAUUGGUGUUAUGAAGCAAAAAGCUGCGUGUUCGUAACUUUUUAAAUAAUCACCUCUGGCCAAAAUGUGAGUUCAUAAUCCAUCAUUUUGCUUUCUCCAAUGAAAAAGUUGUCAAACUCCUGUUUUGGACUGUUUUUGCUUUGCUUGUAAACUGCAUAUCUCUCUCCUGAUUCAGAUGUGGUGCCUUUUUCACUGCACUAUUUUAGCUGGAAGCAAUGUUUUGAAGAUAAAAAUGUCUUAAUGAUGAAUUUAUUUCUUAUAAACAUUCAGCUUUUCAUUUCAAACCAUCAGACUAGAGUCAUGUGGAUUUUUGUGAUGUUUUUAUCAGUUCAAACUAAACUCUCCUUCUGACGGCACCCAUUCACUGCAGAGGAUCCACUGGUGAGCAAGGGAUGUAAUGCUUAAUUUCUCUAAACCUGGGGCCUGUACCAUGGUGGUAGCUGAACAAAUUCCGAGUUACAGGAUUAGUUUCGAAUUGACAAAACCAAAGCACUCCGAUCUGGCUUUGUUGGUCCCAGGUGAAAAACAAGUGUACUUCCAUAAUGCUCUACUUUCGCACACUAAUUUUGUACUUAAUAUA